AUGGUCAUGGCCGAGGCCCGGCACAAGUUGAUGCCGCCCCACGCGCGCCCCGACGAGGGCCUGCGGCUGUCAAAGGCCCAGGUCAAAUCCGCACCCGUGGAGCAGCUGCGCGCGUGGGCGCAGCAGGCACAGAUAGACCGCGCGGCGCCAAAAAAGCGGCGCAGCACGCCGCAGCCGGCGCCGACUGUCGCGCGGCUGCGGCAGCUGGUGCAGGCCGAGUGCUGCAGCACGCUGCCGCGCUGGGAGCGGCGGCUGUUCCGCGCCAUGGCAGCGGAGCGCGAGGAGGAGGUCAGCCCCACUGAGGCCCACACCAAGUGGCGACUCUCAGAGGUUGAGCUCAUCGAGCUGCGCAGCGGCCGGCCCUACGCACCCCUGCUGCUGGUGGACGUUGUGGCCAAGGCGCGGCAGAAGUUUGGGGGCGAGGCGGCGUUCCUGGAUCGCAAGCACAAGGUGCGGGCCUCCAAGGCCAGCCUCAUCAAGGCGCGCACCGCUGAGGCGCAGAAGGAGCUGCAGCGCUGGCGCCGGCGGGAGCCUAUGGACUGGGCGGAGCACGCGCACGCGUUCAGGCAGUACACCCACUACGGGCUGAUGCCCAACCCAAGGGUGAUCACAACACAGCUGGUCAUGGCGCGCAGGAAGGCGGCCGUCGUGGCUGAGCUGGACAGCCGCGGGCUGGAUGAGAAGCUGGUGUACACGGUCAGCAUGCGCGGAUAUUGGGAUCUGUCCUGGUGGGACGCCAAGCGCACAGGCGUGGGGCUGCAGGAGGCGAUCAGCCGCUUGAUGACGACGGAAGCGAUCAAGCGCACGCGCAUCGAGCAGGUGGCGCACGUCCUGGAGUCACAGCGCGUGCCGGCCGAGGCGCGGCAGUUCGUGCGCGCGAAUCUCAUGCAGUACACAGAGGCCUUAUGGUGA